AUGAUGAGGACUUGGCUCCUCCUUGGCCGCCUCGGCGCGCGGUCAGGGAUCCGCGAUGCGCCACAGCGAUGCGCCCAUGCGCCAGCAUCCAUCCGGAACCUCACAACACAGUCAAAACCUUUCUUUCGUCUACCGCCUCCGCCACGGGGUGCUGGAAAGGGCAGGAUAGCCUUGCGCGCAUCGGCUGGCGCGGCCGCCCUGGGGGCAGGUGUGUUCGUCACAGCUUCGCAGCAGGAAAAUGGCAACAACCAGGACACUGGUGAGAGGCGCAUGCUCGAAAUGUCCCGGGAGGAGAUCAAAAAGGGAGUGUCAGACCACGAGCGUGGGAUCCAAAGGAUGAUGCACAAAUUCGUCCUCUUUUUAGACAUGUACAUCUGGGAGCCCAUCUGCACCGGCUUGCGCUUCCUCCAGCUGGUCGUCAUCUUCGUCCCCGUCAUCGUCACGGUCCCGGCGAUAUGGGUCGGCAGCCGCCAGCCAAAGCGCGACAACGAGCGCUCCGGCACGCUGUGGUGGUACGGCUUCCUCGUCAACGCCAUGGAGCUGGCUGGCCCGGCCUUCAUCAAGCUGGGCCAGUGGGCUGCCUCGCGGUCCGACAUCUUCCCCAACGAGAUGUGUGAGAUCAUGUCCAAGCUGCACUCCAACUCGCAGGCGCAUUCCAUGCACGCCACCAGAAAGACGCUUGAACGGGCGUUUGGGGGGAAGGCCUUUGAGGACAUCUUUGAGGAGUUCAACGAGACACCGCUCGGUGUCGGUGCCAUUGCACAAGUCUACAAGGCCAAACUGAAGCCGGCCCUCGUCGCACCGGCCGACUCGGACCUCGUGCGCGACGAGAACUUGCUGCGGGACAAUGUCCGACGGAAUGUCGAGCCCGUCCUCAAGAGCUCGCCCAAGCGCGUGCCGUCCAGCUACGUCGCCGUCAAGGUCCUGCACCCCAACACGGAGCGCACCGUCCGGCGUGAUCUGCGGAUCAUGCACUUCUUCGCCUCGGUCCUCAACGCCAUCCCGACCAUAGAGUGGCUGUCCCUCCCCGACGAGGUCGCCCAGUUCGGCCAGAUGAUGAAGCUGCAGCUCGACCUGCGCAUCGAGGCCGCCAACCUAACCACAUUUCGCCAAAACUUCCGCGACCGGUCGACAGCCUGGUUCCCCUACCCCUACACCGACUUCACCACGCGCAACGUCCUCAUCGAGGAGUUUGCCCAGGGCAUCCCCAUUGCCGACUUUAUGGACUACGGAGGCGGCACCUUCCAACACGACAUUGCCGACGAGGGCCUCGAUGCCUUCUUGAGGAUGCUGCUGCUCGAUAACUUUGUCCAUGCCGAUCUGCAUCCCGGCAACAUCAUGGUCCGCUUCUACCAAGCGGCGCAGCCCGACCUCAAGCUGCGCCAGCCACCACCACCCGCGCACCCGGGGCCAGGCCCACAGGCCGAUGUCACAGAGCAGGUCCUGGAGCGCCUCCGUCCCUUCAAGCACGCCCGCGACAAGGCCGGCUGGGAGGCCGAGCUGAACAAGCUCGACCACGAGGGCUACAGGCCGCAACUCGUCUUUAUCGACACGGGUCUCGUCACGGAGCUCAACGCCACCAACAGGACGAAUUUCCUCGAUCUCUUCCGGGCCGUGGCCGAGUUUGACGGGUACAAGGCCGGCCACCUCAUGUGCGAGCGCUGCCGCCAGCCCGACGCCGUCCUGGACAAGGAGGUCUUUGCCCUCAAGAUGCAGCACCUCGUCCUCAACGUAAAGUCCCACACCCUAGCGCUGGGCAACGUCAAGAUCGGGGAUAUUCUGCAGCAGGUGCUCAGCAUGGUCCGCAACCACCACGUCCGCCUCGAGGGCGACUUUGUCAACGUCGUCAUCUCUAUCCUGCUGCUCGAGGGCAUUGGCCGAAACCUGAAUCCAGACGUCGACCUCCUGAGCAGUAGUGUGCCCAUCCUGCGCCAGCUUGGCGCCCAGAGCGGCAGUGAGAUGAUCCGCGGCGGCGACUUUUCCAUGAUGUUCGUCUGGAUGGGCCUUGAGGCGAGGAAAUUCAUGCAGGCCAGUAUAGAAGAUGUGGAACGAUGUGUCAAGUACGACUUAUUGUCGCCCAAUGUAUAA